GUCUCCAUGGGCGCCGGUGGGGCGCCUUAGGAGGCGGGCGGGCGCCCUCCUCGGUGCCGUCAUGGCCAAAUGGCUUAACAAGUACUUCAGCCUGGGCAACAACAAGACCAAGAGCCCCCCGCAGCCGCCCCGGCCGGACUAUCGGGACAAGCGCAACGGGACGGCGGUGGCGAGGCGGCGGCGGCGGACACCACAACCACCACCAUCACAACCACCACCAUCACAACCACCACCACCCACGUCGCCCUGCUUCCCGCGCCACGACACCAGCGACCUGCUCCGCGCCUACCGCGCGCAGAAGGAGCGCGACUUCGAAGACCCCUACAGCGGGCCCGGCUCGUCGCUGCGCAAGCUGAGGGCGCUCUGCCGCGCCGAGUACUGCGCGCCGGAGGAGCUGCUGGUCGAGCCGGCCGGGCCCAAGCCCUUCUCCUCGUCGUCCUGCUGCGGCGGCGGCAGCGGAGGGGGCGGCAGCAGCGCGGUCACCGCCGCCGCCGCCGCCACCUCUGUCGCCUCGGCUUCGCCUCAGCUCUUCCGCAGCCAGAGCGAGCGGCGAGCCGCCACCCCGCCUGACGCCGCCGCCGCCGUCAAGUACAUUUCCCCCAAGCACCGGCUGAUCAAAAUAGAGAGCAACGAAGGCGGCAAGGGCGGCAGCGGCGUCCCCAUCACCUGGAGCCCGACGGGGAGCGCCGGGUCCGGCCAGAAGAAGCUCAACAAGUGCGCGGAGCAAGCGGAGGGCGGCGGAAGCGGAGGCGGCUCCUGUACCAAGAAGGAGAAAGUUCAAAUAGCAGAUGACUACUCCGACCCAUUUGAUGCCAAAAGUGAGGGCAAUAAAACAGGCAAAGGAGAAAACACUGGCUACAUGGAACCAUAUGAAGCCCAAAGGAUAAUGACCGAGUUCCAGAGGCAAGAUAGUAUGAAACCCCAGCAGAAAGACAUCCAGCUGUACGACACGCCUUACGAACCUGAAGGCAAUGGUGUGGAGUCAGAUUCGGAAAGUGUUGUGAGUCAGCGCUUGAGAGAGAGCAAGUUGCCGCAGGAUGACGACAGGCCCGCGGAUGAAUACGACCAACCGUGGGAGUGGAACAAGGUCACCAUUCCAGCCUUAGCAGCCCAGUUCAAUGGGGGAGAAAUGAGGCAAUCUUCACCUUCACCAUCUUCAAGUGAUCGGCGUCGACAGCUUCGGGCACCAGGGGGAGGCUUCAAACCUAUCAAGCAUGGUAGUCCUGAGUUCUGUGGAAUCCUGGGGGAGAGAGUGGAUCCAACUGUCCCACUGGAAAAACAAAUAUGGUAUCACGGAGCAAUCAGUCGGACAGAUGCAGAAAACCUCUUGCGGUUGUGUAAAGAAUGUAGCUAUCUAGUGAGGAAUAGUCAAACCAGCAAACAUGACUAUUCACUUUCAUUAAAGAGCAACCAAGGGUUUAUGCACAUGAAGCUGACAAAAACCAAAGAGAAAUACAUUUUGGGCCAGAAUAGUCCUCCGUUUGACAGUGUGCCGGAAGUGAUCCAUUACUACACUGCAAAAAAACUCCCAAUAAAAGGAGCUGAACAUUUGUCUCUCCUUUACCCUGUUGCUGUCCGGACCUUAUAAUUGCUCUGAGCCAUGCUCCUUCCUGUGGAUUGGAGACAAAGGAUGCAGCAGCAGCAAAAAAUGUUCCUGCACUGUCUACAGUAGAGUGUCUUGGAACAGAGAUGCCCAGUUCUGCCUUUCCAAUAGCAGACUGAUGUAUAGUAGUAUGAAUGGAAUCGUUGCACUACUUUGCAUGUCUUGUGUGGAAAUAUUGCUUUCUAUUUAUGUGAGAGAGAAAAAUGCAUUCAGACAGAACGGAAAUGCGUCAUCUUCCAGGACUCCCCUCCCGCCCCCACGAAUGGAAACGUUGCCAAAUCCAUAAAAUGGCCUUCAAACUUUUCUGCCUGUGACCAAGAACCUCUUCUCCCCCCCCGCCUGUGUUUGAGGUGGGGGACAUUGGGGGACACAGCAUAAUCUUCCCUGUACCCAAACUGAAUCUGCAAAUGGACACAAACUCUUGGAUGGGAGGCAAAGAGAAAACAGGCCAAUUGGCCUUGCUCAGCACUCGACCUGGAAACUAGGUAUUAUGCACCCCACCCCAAAUUUGUGUUGUUUUUCCCAUGCACAGUUUAAUUCAACUUGGAGAUCCCCUUUUUUUGUCACAACGAUGAUGUGAUUUGAAGAUCUCAAUGAGUAAUUUUGCAAGAGCAAAAAAGUGUUGUUAUUUAUGAAUAGGGUAUGUACUUAAAUUGUGGUUUAAUAUAUAUAUAUAUAUUAUCCCCUCCCCCUUUUAUUUGGUACAAUAAUAAAGCUCUGAGGUUUUCUGUGCUGACUCCUAGAUUGCAGGCAGUGAGUCGGUUCUGUUUUCUGUUGUGUAUGUACAAUGUCAGUGGUGAAGGUUCUGUGGUUUCUGGGGAGGGUGUGGGUCAGCAUGGUGAGGGUUGAUGUUUACAUGACCAGAUUUCAGACUUAACAAGGCUUCCGGAGGACAGGCUUCCUCAAGUUGAUGGCGGCACCUGUGCAAAUAGUAGUCCCCGCCUAGGUAACCAACAGGCUAGAUUCUCUUCCACUUCAGGGAAAGCAAGUGACAUUUUUUUCUGCUUCUCCAGAAAAUGAGAUGCACAGAAUGCCAUGUAGCAACAAGUAAAUCAGAGCUAUGUUCCGGUUCCUCCUCAUACAAGAGGGGCUGCCCUGUCGUGCACAAAAAAUAUGACUAGGUAGCGUUCCUCUCCUGGCUUCAUAAACCACUCAAAAUAACUGCAUCAGAGCCUCUCUUGUCCUGGAUAGUUCAACCGCAGUUGGCUUCUACCUCAUCUGUAAAGCGUAGGUCCCCACCUGACCGUCAGCCAGGCCUGGUGCAUGUUCUUUGUGCCUCUUGGUCAGAAAACCCUCACCACUCUUGACAAAGGCAGAACUUACAAGAAACGCAGGGCUGCUGCGGAAACUGGCAGCCCCUGUCAGAUUCCUCAGUCUCCCUAAUUAACAUGUAAUAUAGCUUAUCCUAGCCUUCCCCAACAUGAUGCCUUCCAGGUGUGUUGGAGUACAGCUCCCAUAAUGCACCAGCCAGCAUUAUGAGACUUCUUGUCCGACCCAUCUGGAGGGCACCAGAAUGGGAGGGCUGACUUAGACCCGGGACCUGGCAUCACUAUGGUGUGUAUUUUGCUCUUGGCAGUAUCUAAUUAAGUGUAUCAGAAUGAGAAAAUGCACACCAUAAUGAUGUCAUGCCACAGGAUCAAUUGUCCUAAAAGUCAACACUGUGCCACUCCAUUUUCAGUGGUGGCUUCGCCUUCACUUGUGCCUCAACUGGCCUCUUUAAAAUGGGCAUCGCAACAAAGCCUGAGCCUGCUCCACUGCGUGACUCUGUCCGUAGCACUGUGCAUUCCUCCCCUGGCGAUCUCAGUCGAGACUCAAAGGGCCCGUUCAGAAGACACCUUAAACCAUGGCUUUAACCACGGUGGUUAAGCCAGAAAGCCAGGCUGUGUUCAGAAGACACCUUGAACCAUGGCUUUAACCACGGUGAAUAA